UUUGCCUACAACAUUAAACUCUUCCUUUUUCUCACAACUUUCUCUCUUUCGAGGUUUGUGGAAUAUUGCAUAUCUCAUUUGUGUGUGCACAAGAACAUGGCUAGCGGUAGCGGUGCGAAGAAAACAAAGGAAGAUAAGUCUGAUAUUAUCUAUGUCAAUUUAUCAAUUGUCUUUCAGGAUGGGCAUAGAUUGUACUUCAAGGUUCAUCAGGAUUUGCAGUUAAGUAGGGUAUUCAGAGAAUUCUGUCAGCGACAGAAAUUGGAUUAUGAUGGCUUGAAAUUCAUAUAUGACGGUGCCCAGGUUAAAGGAACUCAAACCCCAAAAAUGGUUAACAUGGAAGAUGGUGCUGAGAUCUUUGCCGCGAGACACCAACUUGGAGGAUAGAAAAUGGUCUCUCAGUAGUGUGAGGGUAUUAUAAUUAGGAAAUUAUGAUUGUUAUAUUAUUUUUUGUUUGCUUAAUUGUUAUAGUAUUAUCAGAAUAAGUCUGCUUGUAUAUCAAGCAUAUAUGUUAAACUUGAA